AUGCCUGCAAGUGGUAAAGUAACCAAUACCACUGUCCAACGCAAGAUCACUCGCAAGCGUACAGGGUGCAAACCAUGCCGGCGGAGGGGUAAGAAGUGCGAUGAAGCCAAGCCUCGCUGCCGUGCCUGUGUCCGUUUAUCCCUGGAAUGCAACUAUGGUCUAGACUUGACCUUCCGACAUGUCAACGGUGAUGCUUUCCGGGGAAACACUAUCGGCCUUUCCAUGACACCUACAUCGAUUGAAGACGCCACUGCAUCAGACAAGACGCCCGGUCGAUCUUCCUAUCGCUGCAAUCGCCUGACUCCAGCUAAAAUUGCCACGUCUCUGGGGUCUGGGGAUAGUCUUGAGUCGUUCUACUUGACUCACUUCCAGUCUUAUGUACGCCACCUGCUACCCGCUUCAUCGAUGCCACCUGCAGAAGAACUAUUCACUUCUCCGUACUUACGUGCAGCCGCGCUCUGCAUAUCCGCCUCAAAUCUGUCAAUGCUCAACACCCAAGUCCAGAGUCGGAUCGCAGCAGGCGAUGGUCGAAGCUCGAUUUUCAGUCCACGUGUCAAUCCCCUGCAUCAUCGCCAAGCACGAAACUACCAUGACCACACACUUCAACUUUGCCGCUACACGGAUUCAGAAGUUCUUGCACAAAACGCGGCUGCCAUUCUCAGAGCCCAUGUCCUUCUUGCGUACUAUCACCACGCCUCGACGAAUCAUUUGAAUUUCCGUCUGGCAGUCUGGGACACCCUUCGCUUCGUCUCACAGCACAGAGAGCAGAUAAUGCGCUCAGUGGACGGGAUUGGGGCGUUACAGAUGUGGCACCGGUUGUGUGUCUCCCAUCGACUAUCAAAACCGCCAUCAUUGCUUCUGGAGGGAGAAGGGAUCAGCUCGUUCGGCCCCAACUGCUUCCCAGAUCCAACCGAUCAUCUGUAUCUGAGCUGUGUUCUGGGGAUGAGCACGGAUGACCUUAUCUAUGAUAUCUUGAUCAAGACCAUGGAGAUCCGCUCACGCCUCGUUGUGUUCCGCUCAGUGGCCGGUAGUCGUCAAAUUCCCGAGUUGUCAAGGGAUAUUGGCAGUGUCGCGCACAAAGUUUUGAACGAGAUGCUGGGCAGAAAUUCUGCACCGGAUGAGUAUGCUGAAGCCCAGGAGGGCUUUGUGCGAGGCUCGCACCUGAUCGGGUUGUUGGCCGUUCAGAUGGAAAGGCUCGAGGUCUGGAAGUCUCGUAUCAAUGAGAGCCAACUGCCUAUGAGCCCUAUUGGGACACCACCGCAACAACAACGCAUGAGUGACAAUUCCGCAUAUUUUAAUUAUUCGGCUUUUCGCUUUCAUCGAGAUGCGAUGAACGCCAUUUACAGCAACUUAUGCGAGAUGAUGUUCGAAGAGGCUCAUGGUGCCUGCAGCUUCGACGGACAACCUGUUCAUGAAACGUCGCACACUGCAGCUAAGCUUACCGAGCUCGCUCACAGCGUGUGCCAAAUUGUAGGCACGCUCGACUUCACUGCGUCGAGUACGGCAGAUGUCUACACAUUUAGUCUCACAGAGACGCUUCUUCAAUUGGUUUUUCUAUGGCGAUCGGAUACUCUGUUUGACUACAUCCUCAACAUAGUAUGGCCGGGACUGGAGAGAAAGACCAGAGGCUUCGAGCACUCGCACUACCCUACCCACCUUGUCAAGCGCAUGAUCUCGCAAAGCUCGACUUACUGGUCUCAGGGGCGAGCGGUGACACUCGCAUUGCCAGCUGUUCCUGAAGACAUAUCGAAAUUGAAGUUGUUAGAUAUCGAUAACCCAAUCGAUGUGGUAUUAUGCGGGCACGACACAAAUGGCACGGCGUGGAUUGAGAAGAUCCCACUCCCAUGAUGACUCCCAGGAUAAAGUUUGCAUACACACGAAUACCGGACUGCUCUUCGUGCUGGUGCCAAGAAACAGCUCUAACCUGAUGUGG